CUUCAGUUUUCCCAAAGAUUUCUGCUCCUCUUAAGAGCGAGAAGCAAGAUACCGGCGGCCACGCCGCCGACAGUUCCGUUUGACAGCAUCGCGCUUGUAUUCUUCAGCAAUUCAGCGUUUCUUCAGGAAGAGGCUACUAGAGUAUGGCCGCUCCUGAACCGGUCAAUUCCAGAGUAUAUAUUGGUGGUUUGGGAGAACAAGCGGUGGUGCAGGAUCUGGAGGGCCUGCUUGAGGGUUACCAACCAUAUCGCGACUUGACCUUACUUCGCGGAUUCGGGUUUGUGCAGUUCCACGACGAACAAUCAGCCCAGAACGCGAUCAAAGGCUUAAACGGAAAAGUGUUUAGCGGCCGAAAACUGAAUGUGAAAGUGGCGAAUGACAACAGAGCCAAGAAGGGUUUGUUGCCUAGGGGUCAUCCUCUGCAGGGCGCGAAAACCGCUGCUCCUUCCGGCCCGCUGCGGGAUCGCUCUCCAAUAGACAUGCCAGCUUCCGGGCGAAGCGACGAUAGUGCACUUCAUUUGUUGGAUGUGGCCCCUUAUGUUACUCAAACAUUCGGUCCAUCCGAUCAUCUCAGUGGAGCGUACGUCGAGGCAGGCAUACCAGCUAGACCCGUUCACCGAGCUCCAACAUUAGCUCCAGAAAGCAAUGAUUGCGAAAUAAUCGUGGUCAACAAAGAGCUCACAGCUUACGCAGAAAGCAUUGAAGCGAGACUGAAACGGGCGGGAAUGACGGUGGAUCUGUUAUUUCCGAACAACGACGUUCCCAUCGGGAAGGUGCUUACGAACAUAGCAUCCCGCGGAAGUUUCUACGCCAUUCUUAUUACUCCAGAAAAUCAGGAACGGAACAGUAUCACUGUGAACGUGCUUUAUGGCAUUCCCGCAGAACACCGUAAUAUGCCGAAAGAUGAUGCAGUCAUGUUCAUUAUCAACCACUUUACAGCGAAAAACAGGCAGGCACGGGCACAAUUCCCCCCCCUGAAUAGCUUCCACGAAAUAGCAUCUACCGCUCCUGUACCUCCCGCUCCCGUGCCCAUGACGGAGCAAUCUCUAUCCCACCACGAGAAGCAUCCAGAAGCAAUCCAGAAUAUGAUCAAUCUGUUGGCUGCAAACCGCUCGUUGACUGUCCUGCAAUACGAACGCCUGAUAAAGUAUUUAAGCGAACGAAAGGAAGCCCAAAUUCGGAUCGAACUAGGGGAAGAUCCGGAAGAUACUACUAGUUCGCUCGUAAGCUCAAACACUGCUGCAGCACCAGCUGCCAAAACUAAAGGAAGUACCGAAAAGGAGCUAGAGAAAAAGAUUCUUGAUAUUUUGAAUAAGCCAUCCAUAGUCGGACCUGCGAAAGCCGCUAAUCCCUUCGAGAAUGUGUUUCAAGAUACUAGGAAAGGAGCGAGCACAGCACCACUCCCAACAUGCCAUUUACUGUAUGAUCCGAAGGUGCAGCGCGCUUUAGAUUCUCUAUUGCAAGGACAACUAUUCAUGAAAUUUACUGGCUGAAUAAAGCAGAAUACGAUGCGAU